AUGGCUGUAAUUCCGUCCUCCGUAAUUGAGGAGUUUCUUCUGACAAAUUCGUCGACCAGUCAUUUUCUGGAUGAUAAUAUUGGUAAUAUAAGCAAUUUGAGUGGCGAUGAAGCCCUUCUUCAUCAGAUUUUGAUGAAGUUCCAGCCGAAACAGAGCCCGUCCAGACUGAUUUCGGUGGGCUGGUCUAUUGCUAUUGGGGCCUUCUUUGUGUUGACCACUAUUUGCGGUUUGAUUGGCAACUUCAUGGUUAUCCUGGCAAUAUCAGCUGAUAGAGGAAUGCGAAAGAGCGCUAUGAACCUGCUCUUGUUGAACCUGGCGGUGGCUGACGUUUGUAAUCUUUUAACGAUUAUCUUAGAAUGGAGUCCGGCCAUGAUAUACGGAUAUCCAGCCUGGGAUUUUCCCGCGUUCUUGUGUCCCAUGACGCGAUAUUUGGAGUGUUCUUUUCUGUUCGCGUCCAUCUUGACCCAGUCGAUGGUGUGCGUGGAGAGGUAUGUGACAGUGGCCAAAAUAAAUUUUUUCUUCGCAGAUUUAUCGCCAUUGUCUUUCCAAUUCAUGCUCGCCAAUUCUGUACGAAACAGAAUGUUAUCUCUAUGGUGGGAGUUAUCUGGUUUGCUGCCUUUUCCUUCUCUCUACCGUAUGCUCUCGCCCAUGUAAAACCUCCGAAAUGUAAGUUUGGAAGGUAAAAAAUACAAAAAUGGCCCCUCUACCGUCAGUGUAACAUAUUUAGCCAUCAAAUGCACAAACACAUACGAAGCAAAGACGAUUUGGGUGUUAUAUAAAUGGUUUGAGUUCAUGACCGCAUACACAAUCCCCUGCACUGUGAUGGUUAUAUUGUAUGGGAAGGUGGCUUGUGUUUUGUGGGCGAAGAAUUCGAUGUUACAUGUUCCUGACACGAGAUCGAUGAGCGACGAGCGACAACGUGGGGAGCCUCUGUACAUCAGGAGGAGUGUGAUCAAAAUGCUAGUGGCCUGUGUUCUUUUAUAUUUUAUGUGUUACUCCCCUAUCCAAGGUGUUUUUAUCGCCGGGUAGGUCCGUAAUUCGUAAAUGGUCGACGACUUGCUUUAGUGCGAUGUUUGGGCCAUCUAGUCGGCCUCCAUAUCAAGUCGUGUUACUGUUGAAUGCCCUGGCAGUGAUGUGUAGCGCGUGCAAUCCUUUAUUAUACACCUUGUUCUCGCGCAAAUUCAGGACGAGGAUGGCAUUUAUUCUGACAUGUGGGAGGCAUGGAUCCUUUAACUCCAGGAGCGAGGCCUUGUAUUCUGUCAUCAAACUGAAUCGAGUAGGUCAAUUUGAGCUCGAUUAUUACUUUCUCUCUGGGUCGUUACCUUUCAUUUGGGGCAGAUCGGGUAUUGGCCCAAUACGGACGUAUAGCCAAUCUUGCAAAAUUGUUUAGCCAGCAAGCCAAUGAGUUGAAAUUACGGCCAAUUUUUUAUAAAUGGCUAACCAAAGUGUAGUAUCAUGGCUUUGAAGUCUCAAAAAUUGCUAGCCCAAAUGUUGGAAUGGGCCUCAAACAGUAUUAAUUACACAUUUUUUGGCUAGCUUUUUUGAGACUUCAAAUCCAUUCUUAUGCUUAUGAAGGGUAACCCUCCGGGACUUUUUAUGUCCGCAACACCUCCAGCCUUAAUUCCUUUCCCAAGAUUUUGAUUAAAAACCUUGUUUCCCAGCUAAUAUAAUAUAAAACAAGAAUACAUAUUUUAAUUAACACCGGUUUAGAACAAAUCUAGUACCGAAAACGAUAAGGAAUUGGAUCAAUUUGAGAUCCUGUUGCUGAAGGGGAACCAGCGUCGACGAAAUUCAUCAAUUCCUUUCGAAUAA